AUGACCAUGACUACCAUGCCAGAGAGUCUUAAUAGCCCUGUCUCAGGGAAGGCUGUCUUUAUGGAGUUUGGGCCACCCAGCCAGCAAAUGUCUCCUUCUCCCAUGUCCCACGGACACUAUUCCAUGCACUGUUUACACUCAGCUGGCCACUCUCAGCCUGACAGCUCGUACAGCACAGCUUCGUCCUUCUCCAGACCGCUGGGCUACCCCUAUGUCAACUCGGUCAGCAGCCACUCGUCUAACCCCUACAUCAGUUCAGUGCAAUCCUACCCCAACAGCUCCAGCCUGACUCAGACUCGGUUAGAGGAGACAGGGGCCGACUCGGAGAAAAGCACUGUGGUAGAAGGAGGGGAAGUUCGCUUUAAUGGGAAAGGGAAAAAAAUCCGCAAGCCCCGGACUAUUUAUUCCAGUUUGCAGUUGCAGGCUUUGAACAGGAGAUUCCAGCAAACUCAGUACUUGGCUCUGCCCGAGAGAGCCGAGCUCGCAGCCUCGCUGGGACUCACCCAGACACAGGUGAAGAUCUGGUUCCAGAACAAGCGAUCUAAAUUCAAGAAGCUAAUGAAGCAGGGAGGGGCAGCUUUGGAAAGCAGCGCUCUGGCGAAUGGCAGGGCGCUCUCGGCCAGUUCGCCCCCAGUCCCCCCAGUGUGGAACACCACCUCGUCAUCGGGUAAGACCUCUACGGGGACCCCGGGCACUUACAUACCCAGCUACACAUCGUGGUACCCUUCAGCCCACCAAGAAGCUAUGCAGCAACCUCAGCUGAUGUGA